AUGAGCCGUAUGGCACUGAUGCCACCUGUUGCAUUGCAUGAGAGCAUCUCCCUCAGUUCCUCCCUCAGUUCCUCCCUCAAUUCCUCCCUCCCUCAGUUCCUCCCUCAGCUCCUCCCUCAGUUCCUCCCUCAGUUCCUUCCUCCCUCAGUUCCUCCCUCAGUUCCUCCCUCAGUUCCUCCCUCAGUUCCUUCCUCCCUCAGUUCCUCCCUCAGUUCCUCCCUCAGUUCCUUCCUCCCUCAGUUCCUCCCUCAGUUCCUCCCUCAGUUCUUCCCUCAGUUCCUCCCUCAGUUCCGCCCAAAGUUCCUUCCGCCCUCAGUUCCUCCCUCAGUUCCUCCCUCAGUCCUUCCCUCAGUUCCUCCCUCAGUUCCUCCCUCAGUUCCUCCCUCAGUUCCUUCCUCCCUCAGUUCCUCCCUCAGUUCCUCCCUCAGUUCUUCCCUCAGUUCCUCCCUCAGUUCCGCCCAAAGUUCCUUCCGCCCUCAGUUCCUCCCUCAGUUCCUCCCUCAGUCCUUCCCUCAGUUCCUCCCUCAGUUCCUCCCUCAGUUCCUCCCUCAGUUCCUUCCUCCCUCAGUUCCUCCCUCAGUUCCUCCCUCAGUUCCUCCCUCAGUUCCGCCCUCAGUUCCUCCCUCAAUUCCUUACUCCCUCAGUUCCUCCCUCAGUUCCUCCCUCAGUUCCUUCCUCCCUCAGUCCCUCCCUCAGUUCCUCCCUCAGUUCCUCCCUCAGUUCCUUCCUCCCUCAGUCCCUCCCUCAGUUCCUCCCUCAGUUCCUCCCUCAGUUCCUCCCUCAGUUCCUCCCUCAGUUCCUUCCUCCCUCAGUUCGUCCCUCAGUUCCUCCCUCAGUUCCUUACUCUCUCAGUUCCUCCCUCAGUUCCUCCCUCAGUUCCUCCCUCAGUUCCUCCCUCAGUUCCGCCCUCAGUUCCUCCCUCAGUUCCUCCCUCAGUUCCUUCCUCCCUCAGUUCCUCCCUCAGUUCCUCCUUCAGUUCCUCCCUCAGUUCCUCCCUCCCUCAGUUCCUCCCUCCCUCAGUUCCUCCCUCAGUUCCUCCCUCAGUUCCUCCCUCAGUUCCUUCCUCCCUCAGUUCUUCCCUCAGUUCCUCCCUCAGUUCCGCCCAAAGUUCCUUCCUCCCUUAGUUCCUCCCUCAGUUCCUCCCUCAGUUCCUUCCUCCCUCAGUUCCUCCCUCAGUUCCUCCCUCAGUUCUUCCCUCAGUUCCUCCCUCAGUUCCGCCCAAAGUUCCUUCCUCCCUCCGUCCCUCCCUCAGUUCCUCCCUCAGUCCUUCCCUCAGUUCCUCCCUCAGUUCCUCCCUCAGUUCCUCCCUCAGUUCCUCCCUCAGUUCCUCCCUCAGUUCCUCCCCCAGUUCCUCCCUCAGUUCCUCCCUCCCUCAGUUCCUCCCUCAGUUCCUCCCUCAGUUCCUUCCUCCCUCAGUUCCGCCCUCAGUUCCUCCCUCAGUUCCUCCCUCAGUUCCUCCCUCAGUUCCCCCCUCAGUUCCUCCCUCAGUUCCUCCCUCAGUUUCUCCCUCAGUCCCUUCCUCCCUCAGUUCCUCCCUCAGUUCGUCCCUCAGUUCCUUCCUCCCUCAGUUCCUCCCUCAGUUCCUUCCUCCCUCAGUUCCUCCCUCAGUUCCUCCCUCAGUUCCUCCCUCAGUUCCUCCCUCAGUUCCUCCCUCAGUUUCUCCCUCAGUUCCUCCCUCAGUUCCUCCCUCAGUUCCUUCAUCAGUUCCUCCCUCAGUUCCUCCCUCAGUUCCUCCCUCAGUUCCUCCCUCAGUUCCCCCCUCAGUUCCUCCCUCAGUUCCUCCCUCAUUCCUUCCUCACUCAGUUCCUCCCUCAGUUCCUUCCUCCCUCAGUUCCUCCCUCAGUUCCUCCCUCAGUUCCUCCCUCAGUUCCUUUCUCUCUCAGUUCCUCCCUCAUUUCCUCCCUCAGUUCCAUCCUCCCUCAGUUCCUCCCUCAGUCCCUCCCUCAGUUCCUCCCUCAGUUCCUCCCUCAGUUCCUCCCUCAGUUCCUUCCUCCCUCAGUUCCUCCCUCAGUUCCUCCCUCAGUUCCUUCCUCCCUCAGUUCCUCCUCAGUUCGUCCCUCAGUUUCUCCCUCAGUCCCUUCCUCCCUCAGUUCCUCCCUCAGUUCCUCCCUCAAUUCCUCCCUCAGUUCCUCCCUCAGUUCCUUACUCUCUCAGUUACUCCCUCAGUUCCUCCCUCAGUUCCUCCCUCAGUUCCUCCCUCAGUUCCUUCCUCCCUCAGUUCCUCCCUCAGUUCCUCCUUCAGUUCCUCCCUCAGUUCCUCCCUCCCUCAGUUCCUCCCUCCCUCAGUUCCUCCCUCAGUUCCUCCCUCAGUUCCUCCCUCAGUUCCUUCCUCCCUCAGUUCCUCCUCAGUUCGUCCCUCAGUUUCUCCCUCAGUCCCUUCCUCCCUCAGUUCCUCCCUCAGUUCCUCCCUCAGUUCCUCCCUCAGUUCCUUCAUCAGUUCCUCCCUCAGUUCCUCCCUCAGUUCCUCCCUCAGUUCCUCCCUCAGUUCCCCCCUCAGUUCCUCCCUCAGUUCCUCCCUCAGUUCCUCCCUUAGCUCCUCCCUCAGUUCCUCCCUCAGUUCCGCCCUCAGUUCCUCCCUCAGUUCCGCCCUCAGUUCCUCCCUCAGUUCCUCACUCAGUUCCUUCCUCACUCAGUUCCUCCCUCAGUUCCUUCCUCCCUCAGUUCCUCCCUCAGUUCCUCCCUCAGUUCCUCCCUCAGUUCCUUUCUCUCUCAGUUCCUCCCUCAUUUCCUCCCUCAGUUCCAUCCUCCCUCAGUUCCUCCCUCAGUCCCUCCCUCAGUUCCUCCCUCAGUUCCUCCCUCAGUUCCUCCCUCAGUUCCUUCCUCCCUCAGUUCCUCCCUCAGUUCCUCCCUCAGUUCCUUCCUCCCUCAGUUCCUCCUCAGUUCGUCCCUCAGUUUCUCCCUCAGUCCCUUCCUCCCUCAGUUCCUCCCUCAGUUCCUCCCUCAAUUCCUCCCUCAGUUCCUCCCUCAGUUCCUUACUCUCUCAGUUACUCCCUCAGUUCCUCCCUCAGUUCCUCCCUCAGUUCCUCCCUCAGUUCCUUCCUCCCUCAGUUCCUCCCUCAGUUCCUCCUUCAGUUCCUCCCUCAGUUCCUCCCUCCCUCAGUUCCUCCCUCAGUUCCUCCCUCAGUUCCUCCCUCAGUUCCUUCCUCCCUCAGUUCCUCCCUCAGUUCCUUCCUCCCUCAGUUCCUCCUCAGUUCGUCCCUCAGUUUCUCCCUCAGUCCCUUCCUCCCUCAGUUCCUCCCUCAGUUCCUCCCUCAAUUCCUCCCUCAGUUCCUCCCUCAAUUCCUCCCUCAGUUCCUCCCUCAGUUCCUUACUCACUCAGUUACUCCCUCAGUUCCUCCCUCAGUUCCUCCCUCAGUUCCUCCCUCAGUUCCUUCCUCAGUUUCUCCCUCAGUCCCUUCCUCCCUCAGUUCCUCCCUCAGUUCUUCCCUCAGUUCCUCCCUCAGUUCCUCCCUCAGUUCCUUCCUCCCUCAGUUCCUCCCUCAGUUCCUCCCUCAGUUCCUCCCUCAGUUCCUCCCUCAGUUCCUCCCUCAGUUCCUCCCUCAGUUCCUCCCUCAGUUUCUCCCUCAGUCCCUUCCUCCCUCAGUUCCUCCCUCAGUUCCUCCCUCAGUUCCUCCCUCAGUUCCUCCCUCAGUUCCUCCCUCAGUUCCUCCCCCAGUUCCUCCCUCAGUUCCUCCCUCCCUCAGUUCCUCCCUCAGUUCCUCCCUCAGUCCCUUCCUCCCUCAGUUCCUCCCUCAGUUCCUCCCUCAGUUCCUCCCUCAGUUCCUCCCUCAGUUCCUCCCUCAGUUCCUCCCUCAGUUCCUCCCCCAGUUCCUCCCUCAGUUCCUCCCUCCCUCAGUUCCUCCCUCAGUUCCUCCCUCAGUUCCUUCCUCCCUCAAUUCCUCCCUCAGUUCCUCCCUCAGUUCCUUCCUCCCUCAGUUCCGCCCUCAGUUCCUCCCUCAGUUCCUCCCUCAGUUCCUCCCUCAGUUCCUUCCUCCCUCAGUUCUUCCCUCAGUUCCUCCCUCAGUUCCGCCCAAAGUUCCUUCCUCCCUUAGUUCCUCCCUCAGUUCCUCCCUCUGUUCCUUCCUCCCUCAGUUCCUCCCUCAGUUCCUCCCUCAGUUCUUCCCUCAGUUCCUCCCUCAGUUCCGCCCAAAGUUCCUUCCUCCCUCCGUUCCUCCCUCAGUUCCUCCCUCAGUCCUUCCCUCAGUUCCUCCCUCAGUUCCUCCCUCAGUUCCUCCCUCAGUUCCUCCCUCAGUUCCUCCCUCAGUUCCUCCCUCAGUUCCUCCCUCAGUUCCUCCCCCAGUUCCUCCCUCAGUUCCUCCCUCCCUCAGUUCCUCCCUCAGUUCCUCCCUCAGUUCCUUCCUCCCUCAGUUCCGCCCUCAGUUCCUCCCUCAGUUCCUCCCUCAGUUCCUCCCUCAGUUCCCCCCUCAGUUCCUCCCUCAGUUCCUCCCUCAGUUUCUCCCUCAGUCCCUUCCUCCCUCAGUUCCUCCCUCAGUUCGUCCCUCAGUUCCUUCCUCCCUCAGUUCCUCCCUCAGUUCCUUCCUCCCUCAGUUCCUCCCUCAGUUCCUCGCUCAGUUCCGCCCUCAGUUCCUCCCUCAGUUCCUCCCUCAGUUCCUCCCUCAGUUCCUCCCUCAGUUCCUCCCUCAGUUCCUCCCUCAGUUUCUCCCUCAGUUCCUCCCUCAGUUCCUCCCUCAGUUCCUUCAUCAGUUCCUCCCUCAGUUCCUCCCUCAGUUCCUCCCUCAGUUCCUCCCUCAGUUCCCCCCUCAGUUCCUCCCUCAGUUCCUCCCUCAUUCCUUCCUCACUCAGUUCCUCCCUCAGUUCCUUCCUCCCUCAGUUCCUCCCUCAGUUCCUCCCUCAGUUCCUUUCUCCCUCAGUUCCUCCCUCAUUUCCUCCCUCAGUUCCAUCCUCCCUCAGUUCCUCCCUCAGUCCCUCCCUCAGUUCCUCCCUCAGUUCCUCCCUCAGUUCCUCCCUCAGUUCCUUCCUCCCUCAGUUCCUCCCUCAGUUCCUCCCUCAGUUCCUUCCUCCCUCAGUUCCUCCUCAGUUCGUCCCUCAGUUUCUCCCUCAGUCCCUUCCUCCCUCAGUUCCUCCCUCAGUUCCUCCCUCAAUUCCUCCCUCAGUUCCUCCCUCAGUUCCUUACUCUCUCAGUUACUCCCUCAGUUCCUCCCUCAGUUCCUCCCUCAGUUCCUCCCUCAGUUCCUUCCUCAGUUUCUCCCUCAGUCCCUUCCUCCCUCAGUUCCUCCCUCAGUUCUUCCCUCAGUUCCUCCCUCAGUUCCUCCCUCAGUUCCUUCCUCCCUCAGUUCCUCCCUCAGUUCCUCCCUCAGUUCCUCCCUCAGUUCCUCCCUCAGUUCCUCCCUCAGUUCCUUCCCCCAUCAGUUCCUCCCUCAGUUCCUCCCUCAGUUUCUCCCUCAGUCCCUUCCUCCCUCAGUUCCUCCCUCAGUUCCUCCCUCAGUUCCUCCCUCAGUUCCUCCCUCAGUUCCUCCCUCAGUUCCUCCCUCAGUUCCUCCCCCAGUUCCUCCCUCAGUUCCUCCCUCCCUCAGUUCCUCCCUCAGUUCCUCCCUCAGUCCCUUCCUCCCUCAGUUCCUCCCUCAGUUCCUCCCUCAGUUCCUCCCUCAGUUCCUCCCUCAGUUCCUCCCUCAGUUCCUCCCUCAGUUCCUCCCCCAGUUCCUCCCUCAGUUCCUCCCUCCCUCAGUUCCUCCCUCAGUUCCUCCCUCAGUUCCUUCCUCCCUCAAUUCCUCCCUCAGUUCCUCCCUCAGUUCCUUCCUCCCUCAGUUCCGCCCUCAGUUCCUCCCUCAGUUCCUCCCUCAGUUCCUCCCUCAGUUCCCCCCUCAGUUCCUCCCUCAGUUCCUCCCUCAGUUUCUCCCUCAGUCCCUUCCUCCCUCAGUUCCUCCCUCAGUUCGUCCCUCAGUUCCUUCCUCCCUCAGUUCCUCCCUCAGGUCCUUCCUCCCUCAGUUCCUCCCUCAAUUCCUCCCUCAGUUCCUCCCUCAGUUCCUCCCUCAGUUCCUCCCUCAGUUCCUUACUCUCUCAGUUCCUCCCUCAGUUCCUCCCUCAGUUCCUCCCUCAGUUCCUCCCUCAUUUCCUCCCUCAGUUCCUUCCUCAUCCUCCCUCAGUUCCUCCCUCAGGUCCGCCCUCAGUUCCUCCCUCAGUUCCUUCCUCCCUCGGUUCCUCCCUCAGUUCCUCCCUCAGUUCCUUCCUCCUCAGUUCCUCCCUCAGUUCCGCCCUCAGUUCCUCCCUCAGUUCCUCCCUCAGUUCCUCCCUCAGUUCCUCCCUCAGUUCCUCACUCAGUUCCUCCCUCAGUUCCUCCCUCAGUUCCUCCCUCAAUUCCUCCCUCAGUUUCUCCCUCAGUUCCUCCCUCAGUUCCUCCCUCAGUUCCUUCCUCCCUCAGUUCCUCCCUCAGUUCUUCCCUCAGUUCCUCCCUCAGUUCCUCCCUCAGUUCCUCCCUCAGUUCCUUCCCUCAGAUCGUAG